AUGUAUAUUCCAAUCCCUGCAUUAGUCAUUCUUACUCCAACCCCUAGUUGGUCGCCUCUCAUUUUCAACCAAGAUAUUAAUCCCCAUGUUGUGGAUCAAAUUGGCGCCGUUGUCGGGGAUAGUAAAUUCGAAAAUUGUAUUUUGGAUUUAGGAGUUUCUAUUAAUGUUAGGCCUACUUUUAUCUAUAAUAAUCUUGAUCUUGGUCCUUUACAUAAUACAAGAUUAACCAUUCAGUUAGAAAACAAGAGCAAUGCUCGUCUUACUGGAGUAGUAGAAGAUGUACUCGUUCAAGUUAAUGACUUGAUUUUUCCUGAUGAUUUUUACAUUACGGAUAUGGAGGGAGAAACUAAGUCAGAAAGUGCAUCCAUCAUUUUAGACAGGCCAUUCAUAAAAAUAGCAAAAACAAAAAUGGAUAUUGAUGAUGGAACAAUGUCCAUGGAGUUUGUUGAUGAUACUUAUUCUUACGAUUUAUCUGAUUUUCUAUCAUUAUCAUACUUUGAUGAUACUUACUCUUGCGAUUCAUGUACUAACACUAACAUUUUCUCUAUUUGUGUUAAGAUUGAUGAUGCCUUGCAGGUUGAUGUUUUUCAUACAUAUGAAGUUAUAGAUGAAGCUAUUUAUGCAGCUAAAGCUCUCAACAUCUCGACUGCCCAAACCUCACCAUCCAUUGAACAACCUCAUUCCUUAUAG